AUGCGAACUGCUGGUGUUUCCCUUUCGAAAAUCCGACUAACUCGUCGUGCAAACGUUUCCAGCAAUGUACAAAUAUUUGACAUACGAAGUUCCACUGAUUCAUCCGGAUUGGGGCAUCCAAACGCCGAUUUUUUGGCGCACGUUCAAAUUUUGGGGAAACGCAAUUACAAUCAUCCAAAGCGGGUAGCACUUUGCGACAAACACAGAGGAUCAAAGUCAUCCAUAUGGAUUGUCACUAUAACGACUUUGCGUCAUCGAUCGAGGACAAUCGACGUGAAAAUUCCUAUCACCAUUAUCAGUUCAAAUCUGCAGGCCAGUAAACAGUUCGUGAUCAACGCACAACUGAAGGAAUCGAUCUCUUUUGUCUGUGCGGCAAGCAUUCACUCCGAAUCGACCACCCAAAUGUGA